AUGUACUACCAGGAGUACCUAUCCAAUCUAUGCCAGCGACGUCAAUGGCCGGAGCCCAUCUACAGACUGUUCCGGGCAGAACCUGGUUUUGUUUGCGUAGCACGCGUUAACAAUCGCGAGUAUCAAAGUGAUAAGAUACAUGAGAACGAACGCCUAGCUCAAGAGAAUGCUGCUAUGCGUGCUUAUCUCAUAUGUCAGAACUUUUCCAAGAGCGACGGCAUGUAUCCAAGUGGCCACAAAGGACGGAGGGGAGGAGAUGUGGUUCAAGGUUUGCCAGUCGCCAUUGGAACGGAGAGGAUGAGUGUCUACACGGAUGAUUCAAGGAGUAGCGGAAGCCGGAGCGGUGGCAGUAGCCCUACAACUGCUGAGAGUGGCCACUCUUAUGGCAGCUCUUACGGAAGCCAGAAUUACGGGGGUUGCCGUAGGCUCAGUGCUGGAAGCGGUGUCGGAAGUGGUGGUGGUGGUUAUGCUAGCAGGACCUCGAGACAUCGGAGCGGGCGCCGUUGA